UGUUAACAAAAGAGACUUUGAGAGCCAUGUUGAAAGUUAGUAGAAGAUUCAGUGUAAGGCUCGUGUAAACAGCAGUCAGGAAGGAAUGUAUUCAGAUGCUGAAGACAGAAAAAGGAAAAAUCACAGAAUCAGAACAAUGAAUGUUGUGAAUGUUGUGGAGCUGUUCAUUGUGGUUUGGAGCUUCUCUGCUGCCUGUCAAGGUUCUGAUGAUGAUGUCAGUGUAAGCUGUGAUUAUGUGACUGGAUCUGUGGGGAAAGAAGUAACUCUCAGCUGCAGCGUCUCUCUGAAGAUCACUGGAUGCUGCAUUACAAAGUAUAAGUUUCUAUACCCUGAGAUCUUUAAUGACUCUUCAAUCUGCCAAGAUGUUUCUAAGAACUCAUGUGAACAGAGAAACAGUUUCACAUGCCACUACACUCCAACUACAGUGAUGACAGAACAAUUCAGAUUCUUUGUCCAAACAACGUGUGGAGCGGGCCAAUCAAAAUUUUCUGUGAACAUAAAAGAACCCAUAGUACGUGAAAGGGUCACUGAAGCUCUUGGAAAGAAAGAAGAACCUGUCUGGGGCAUAUCAGAAAGAGAUGAACAGAAGAAACCAGAAGGUCGUGGAUUUAAGAUCGCCGUCAUCGCUGCUGUUAUAAGCUGUUUUAUCAUCGUCAUAAUGCCAAUCAUUUACAGACUGACACAAAAAUACACCAACCAGAACAGGACUCAGAGUGUCAGAUAUGAAGAAGACGAGGACAAUCGUCCAGAAAAAGGAAAAUGAAAAUAUGACAUAAUAGCAGUACCAAAUUAAUUUGUUUAACUUAUCAUACAGUGCUCUUAGAAACACAUUUAAACUACUCAUCUAUAACUCAGGUUGUAAAACUGUUUCUGUUUUAUAUUCAUUUCUGUGAAAUAAUGAUAUAAUAUAGAUCUGUUUGAUCAGUGUAUUUCUAGUUCUUUUUCUAAUAGUGUGUACAGUGAUGUUUUGUACAGUGUGUUUUGCCGAUUUAACAAGGAACUCAAUAAAGACUUGUGAUAGACUCCUCUCUAAAGAUGAAUAUCUGGUACAUGUUUUUAUCACAGGUCAGAGCAGGAUACUGGAUGAAAAAUAGCUGCACAGAGCUUAUCUGUGCCUUUAGUUACUGAAGGAGGUUCUCUAGAUCUUGAGAUUAGUUUUCUGAAUUUCUGUUCUGAGAAAUGGAGAAAAAGAAAGUAAAAUGAUCCCACACCUGAGAAAAGCAAACAGUGUUCGGCGUGUACUUAGAUACUUCCUAUCAAGUGUGCCACAGUUAUUUAAAUCCACAACAAACUAUGGAUUAUUUGCACAAGCAGCACAUGAUCAGCAGCAAUGGUCCUUUUCACUUUGUUUCGUUUUUGUUUGUUGUUAGGAAAAAUAAAAAAUACUGAUAUCAAUGUUAGUGUCCUUCACAUUCAACACACCAAAUCACAACAUUCACACAUACAGUGGGUUUCAGUAGGGUCGCAUCUGUAAAUCUGUUAUUCAAAGUCUUAUUUCAAACUGAAAAUAAACCGAAUUGUGUAAA